CAAAUAAUCUUAGGGUUAAUUGCAUGGUUGGUCACUUAUAUUAUAAAAAACGUUCAUGUUUGGUCACUACAAAUAUUUAAUUUCAUUCGUGAUCAUUAAGUUUACUAAAACAUGUCAUAUUUAGUCACUCUCUGUUAGCCUCCGUUAACGGCGUCAAUUUUUUGCUGACUUGACUAACAGAAAUGUCCAGUCACACAAUUUUAACCCAGAAAACUUAAAACAUAACCCGCCACGUCAUAAAUCCAACCCAACCCAUGACCCAACCUAACCCGACCAAACUAAAAAAGCAUUACAGUGAUAGAGCUGGGUUAUCGCAUGAAGGCUACCUGAACCAUCGCACAAGCUUCAUCUGAAAUACCCAGAACCACCGCCGUCUCUGCCGAAAUUGUCCGACUCAACGACGUCACCCAAACCGACAGCGUCAUCCACAAAAUCGAGCCUCCUCGUCCCUUGGUCUGUCUAGGAAGACUCCAACCGGCGCACGAAUCUCGGAACCCCAAACCAUAAAUUGAAACCACAAAACCCAGCACGAAUAAAAACCCCAAAACUCAAAAAUGGAAACCCUAAAAACAGAGAUCGGGAUGGAUUCGUCGAUUGCGGCAGAGACGGUGGAUGCUGGGGUCCCCCUAGGUUGAUUGCACUGGCAAUCUGCUUGGAUUUGUCUGGGUCGCCAUCGGAAGAAGAAGAAAAGUUUUUGGGUUUUCUUUGGUUGAUUGCAGGGACGAUCUGCUUGGGUAUGGUUGAGGAUACCGAGUAACGAUUAGCUCCAUGGAUUGACUCAAUCUGUGGAGCUGGAGGAGUGCGUAGUAAUCAUGCAUUUCGGUGCCGCUGUUGUGGUCCUUGAACUGGAGCUCGGCGGAAAGCAUGGUGUCAGCGGCGACGAUGAUUUGGUCGGUGUAUUGGAGGAGGACCGAGUCGGAACCUCUACUCGAAUUCCAGGAGCGAACCGCGAACGACUUGGCACCCUGGAGCUCCCGGGAGACGAGAAGCUUCUCGGCGAUGGUCAGCCACCGCUCCGUCUCCACUCUAUAUGAUCCGCCGCCUCUUCAAUUUUUUUGGGUUCAUAUUAGUUUUGCAGGUUUCCAAUUUUCCCCCUUUCCUUAUCUAUUUGUGAGCUUAGGGCUCGAGAGAGAGUGAAUGAGAAGAUGCACGUGGACCAUGGGUGAUUGAGAAGUCAGCCAUUUCCUCAAUUUGGAGAUGAAGAAAGAUGGGGAAGAUAAACAAUUUCGGGGGAGACGAAGGUUCGGGUCGGCGGGGUCAAUUGGAGAAGAAGUGAUUGGGUAAUGGGUUGGUUUUAAUGAUGUGGCAAAUUUUAAUGACGUGGCAGGUCAUAUUUUAUUUUUCUUGGGUUAAAAAUGGCAGAUUAGGCACUUCUGUUAGUCACGUCAGCAAAAAAUUGACGUCGUUAAGGGAGGCUAACGGAGACUAACGGAUGGUGACCAAACGUGACAUAUUUUAGUAAAUUUAGUGACCACAAAUGGAAUUAAAUAUUUGCAGUGAC